GGUACGAUUUCAAGUUUUCAACUUCAUAAACAAAAUUAACAAAACAAAAGCUUGCGUGUGAAAAAGGAAUUAUAGUAUUUAACGAGUCUAACGGAAUAUUUAAAAAACAAAAUAUGCCUCGUCGGCGAGAAAAAACUAAAGCAGUAAUUUGGUUAAGUGAAGAAAUAUCGAAUGAAUCAAAUGUUUCCAGCACUUUUCACUACUAUGGAAAAUUUCAGUUCAAAGACGUAAUCGCUGAAGUCGGCGAUUUUGUGCUAAUAUCAAAUGCCGACUCGGCAGAACCCGACACUGAAGAAGGAUGUGACGCAGCCAAAAUACUAGCUCUAUACGAAGAUAUUUAUAACAAGCACGAUCCAUUCAGAGCUAAAGUACAAUGGUAUUCGAAACCCAAUGAUUUGCCUAAAGGAUGCUUGAAUAAUAAAGAGCCAAUAAACUUUCUAGAAAAAGAGGUAAUAGAAGACCACCGUCCCUUUGACACUGAUAUAUCUAUAGAGACAAUAUUCAAAAAAUGUAAUAUAACUUUCACAUUCACUAAAGACACUGCUUUGUCAUUAAAAAACAGUCCAUAUCAUUACAUUUGUCGGUACAGACUCAUAGCUAUCACUAAAAGAAAAGUUAACUUAGAGCCUGUGGUUGAAGAAGAAAGAAAGGCUUUAGAAUUAUUAGUGACACCGAGAAAAUCCGCAGUUACACCUAAAACACCCAGUAGUUUAGUCAAAAGAAUGGGUCGUGUGUCACUUUCAGAUAGAAAUUGGAGUGUUAGCAAGAAUGAUGGAACAAAACUGUUACUUAAAAGAGCAAUAUUGGCUGAUAAAAAUGAUAAGGAAGUGCCACGAACUCCAGAAAUAACAACACCUGUGAUAGAGACACCAAAGAGUACAAGAAAACUUAAUAAAAAUAAUUUAGAAGAUAUAUUGUCUAUGGAACUGAGAGAGAACUCUGAUGAAGAACUACCAACAUUAAUAAUCAGACAACAUGUGCCAACUACACCAAAAAGAAAGACUCCACUGCGAAAAGCAAAUGAUGAGACACCUAAAAAGGUUCUAGUGUUUGAAGAUGAGGAAAAAGAGGUAUACUCAACUAGAUCUGGAAGAAAAACUAGGAAUCCUAUGACAUACCGUGAGUUAGAAGUUUCUCCUGUUAAAAGAACACCAACCAGAAACUAUAGAAUAUCAGAAACAAGUGAUGAAUUCCUAAUGACUCCUAGAACGCCUAGGACACCAAGAGCACCUAGGACACCCAAAACUCCUAAGACUCCUAGAACUAGAACCUCAAUAGCUAAAACACCUAAGAGUGUCAAACGAAUACUAACCAGUGAAUUGACACCCACACUGCGUUCAAGAACACAUUCAGUGGAUAAUAUAAAUGAUUUCACCAAAGAAAACCGCUCUUUACCAGGGAGAGAAAACCAAUUAGAUGAAAUUUUGUCAUUUGUGAGAUCCAAGUUGCUUGACCAUAUGAGUGGAUGUAUGUACAUAUCAGGUGUCCCAGGCACUGGCAAAACAGCAACAGUAAAUUCAGCAUUAAAAAUAUUGAAGGAAGAAUCAGAUUUACCUGAUUUUCAACUGGUAGAAGUGAAUGGAAUGAGGAUAGCGGAACCAAGGCAGGCUUAUGUACAGAUUUAUAAGCAACUCACUGGUAAAUCGGUUGUCUGGGAGCAGGCUUGUUCACUAUUAGAAAAGAGAUUCACAAACCCAGGGCCAAGGAGAACACCAACAGUCCUAGUUGUGGAUGAACUAGACGCCCUCUGCAACCGCCGCCAAGACGUGCUCUACAGUAUCAUGGAGUGGGCUGCACACAACACAGCAUUACUAACAGUACUCGCAGUGGCCAAUACCAUGGAUCUACCUGAACGAGCACUAGCAGCAAGAGUCGCAUCGCGUUUGGGACUAACCAGACUGACGUUCCCGCCAUACACACAUACACAGUUACAGUGUAUUGUGGCUACAAAAUUGGCUGGCGCUAAUGUCACGCCGGAUGCUGUUCAGUUGAUUGCUAGAAAAGUAGCUGCUGUAUCAGGCGAUGCACGUCGUGCGUUGGCUCUUUGCACCAGAGCGUUAGAACUGGCUGGAGAUAAAGAAGCUGGGUUGAAGGAAGUCCAGCUGGCACUAGGAGAAGCUGCUUCUAGUGCUGCAGUGCGAGCCAUCAGGAACUGUUCCCCGAGUGAACGGCUCAUGCUGAGAGCGGUGGCUGCUGAGGUGGAAAGAACAGGUUCAGACGAGACAACCCUAUCCCGAGCGCUAGCUACAGCAGCUGCUAUAGUAGCGCUCGACGGUCGUCCAUACAGGAGUGCGCCGAACAUUCGAGCACCUACACCGUCACAGGCUCAUACAAUUUGUGCCAGAUUAGCUGCUAUCAAACUAUUGCUCUUGGAACCAAAGCCAUCAGAACCAAGGCUAUUAUUAAACGUUAGUGCUGAUGAUGUUCAUUAUGCGACUAAACAAAUUACCGUCUAGAAAGUUCCGUUACAACUCACACGAUAUGUUUUGGAACCAAAAGUCAAUACCUUUGGACCCGAGGCUACUGUUAAACGUCAUUGCUGAUGAUGUUCAAUAAGCGACUAAACAAAUUACAGUCUAGAAAGUUGACAACAUUUGCGCGAACAUUCCCUCAAUCUGGCAUAAUAUGUACCAGAUUUGUAAUAAUAAAUUCAAAAUUCGCAUUUACUUAGUUUCCCAUACAUACUAUUUGGAUCAUUACUAAAAUAUUUUCAUUAAAAUCAUUUUUAGAAUUUAAUUAAAAUCCAAUUAAAAUCUGAACUAUUGACAUUAUUAUAAUAAUUUUGUAUGGCAAUACUGACAAGAUAUCCAUUUAGGACUUAAUUAUUAUAGUACUAAAUUUAAGACAACUCAUAACUUGGCGCUGGGCGUCAGCUAUGAAUAACUUUUAAUAGAAAGCUUCAUUAAAAUACCUGAAAAAUGAUAGUAAUAAGUGAAAAUGAUAAAAUGGAGUAGGAAAUUCCUGAUUUUAUUGUUUUAUUUUAUUUGUUGACUCAAAGCCUUUCACAUUACAUAUCAUAAUUAUUAUUUAAUUUUCAAUAUUAGUUAAUUUUGUACCUGUUAAUAAUAUAUUUUUCUUUCAAAAACAUUUGUGACUGACUACUUAACGAUUACAAACAUGUUAUACAUGCAAUAUAAUUUGUUGUGUAAAGCAAAAUAUGCACAAGAGCUUAAUUAAUACAGUGAAUGAAAUAAAUUAUUUUCUUAA